AAUCGGGGAUAUUCGUAUGAGGUUCGCAUUUGCUGGAAAUGGAGGACUCACUCGUGGGAAAGGAACACCGGUGACCGUUAUUGGGCAAUUGAUCGGAACAACGUUGUAUCCAUUUGAAGACGAAAAUGGAAAUCUUUUCGCAAUUCUGCACGAAGACUGGGACUCGUUGGACGAGAUUAUUCAAAUUGAGAAGACGUCCAGAUCGAGACCGUUUUUGGCCUACCGACUGCUGGGAUUCGGUGUAUUCAUUUUCGGCACCGUCUGGAUUUUAAUUACUUUGGAUCAUAUGAGUACGUUUGAGCUGCUUGUG